AACAGGAAGUGAAUUCUGUGGAGAUGAUCAACAUUUUACCAAGCUGGCUGGGGAAUUCUGAGAGUUGAAAUCCACAAGUCUUCAAGUUCCCAAGGGCUGGAAGCUGGACCCAAAGCCUGAACCGGAAGGUGGGCAGGCAAGGGGCCUCCGUGCUGGGUGUCCUCCUCUACCGCUGGCCAAGGUCCACUCCUCCCCUCCUCGGCCUGCCUGGGGCUUCAUCAGCCUUGCUCAAACCAGCCUUGGAGUUUCAAAUUCUUGCAAAGAGACUCAGCUGGAGAGCCACGCAUACCUGGCACACCUCCCGUGGCUCCUCCUCCUGCAAAAGGAAAGGGCUUCCUCAGCAAUGACCUCACUUGGGGAUCCCGGUCUGGAUGGCUCGCUUUCAUUUUCUCUUGCUUGCUUUCCAAACGUCACCUGCAGCACCAGCUUGUUUUCAGGAUCCAACCGAAAACUGAAAAACCGUGAGCGAUAUAAAAAGAGGAAGCAUGGAAGGCCCAGGACAUUGUCAGGUUUUCUUAGCUGGGAUUUCAGCCAGCAGGCCCAUCCAACGAGAGAAGCAUGGAGUCCAAGGCAAAAAUCUUCUCCUUAGGGGCAGGUCCCAGGAAGUGGCUGCUGGGGCCCCUUGCCUUUGUGCUCCUGCUAGAAGUCGCCUGGGUGCAGAGCCUGCCCAUCGGAUCCUGCUAUUUCCCCCAAAUACCUGAACAUUUGAACGCCUUUAGGCAACUCAGGAACCAAUACGAGGACGAGAGGUUCAAAGGAGGCGAACCCUGGAAAAACUGCACUCGCCACCAUCUCCGCUUCCCUCGAGGAAAGAUGCAUCACUUGAGAAAUAAAUGGGACAAGAUGGAGGCUGUGGAGGCGGAACUGGCCUUGGUGGUGCCCGUUUUGCAGAACAUCAGUGAACCUGCCUUCUCCAAGCAUGGAUCCAAGAUUUUGGAGUUCCUACAUCCGCUCAAGGAGGCUCUGGCCGCCUGCAUCAGGGGCACCCCCCGCCAUGGGCAGAAGUCCAGCCUCCUCCAGCACUUCAAAGAAGAGAUUCAGAAAUUCAACACCAGCAGUGCCCAGCAAUCACCAAAGUGCCUGGAGGCAGCGGUCGGCCUGAACAUUGUGCACCUCCUGGAAGUAGACAUCCGCCAGCUCCAGCACCAAUUCCACCACCGCCACAACCCCCGUUCCACUACCCGCUUAGGUUAAAUCCUGCAGAGGCCGUCGUGCCCAGCCAAGGCUGCCCAGAUCAGAAAAGCAGCCGGAAGGCACACUGACUUCUCCAUGAAUGACAUUUCUCUACCACCAAAUUGCCUUCAGAACGUGGAUCGGGGGAGCUGCGGACUGUUCUGUAUUCCGCAUGCUUCCCUCCACACGGUGACCUGCAGACGCCCUGGGGAUGAUGGGAUCUGUCGUCCCACCCGUCUGAAGGGCACCAGGGUGGAGGAAGUCUUAACCUCACCAUGAUCCGGAGCAGAGCUCUGGAUUCCCAAGCAGGCUUUUCACGGGUUGUCUUAUUUAUGUCCUUCUCCUUGCCCCAGAGAGCCACGUCAGCUAAAGGAUGCACUUCCCAAGCAUGCCAGAGUCACCUGCUCUGGUGGAAGGUUCCUGGCGAACCUUUUCUGCAUCCUGUUGUGCCAUGUUGGCCCUUCUGCUCUGGCAGGAGAGGCCAUCGCAUAAGGGCCUGGUGAAAAACGUCAUGUUUGCAAAACUGUGAUAUCCUAGUGUUGUAAAAGGGCUGCUAUAUUUAUGUAAUUUAUUUUAA